ACCAAAUAGGGCAAGAAAAUAAAACGAAAAUGUGUUCCAUCUUUUCCCAUUCUUCUAUAUCAUAUAUCCUGAUAAGAUACAGACAUCGUGCCUUUGUUACGCAACACUCAACAUUGAAGUUUCAAUCACAGGGUUACAAUACGUUUAAAGUAUGACCCAUAACCGCAAGUGUGAAACGUUAGGAGGUCCUGGUUUCUACUACCGUUGCUUCAUAUGUACAGUGAUAAUAGAAAACAGCAUUGAACCAAACCAGGACAUCUCCGGUAUAAUAUAACAGCAAAGCAUUCUGUAAAUAUCGGCGCGUUGCCUGUUUUAUACAACGUGCGUUAAGGGCUGCGUUUAUUUGAAUAGGCGCAACCCUAUAGAAAGUAAAAGUACAGCAAAUUGAAAAGUCGAUCAAUAUAUUUUGCAUUUGUUCGUAGGAACACAGCAGUGGUAAACAACCAUUGUAAAUACUUGUGCACGCACGAGUUGGCAGGGAGGUAGAGAUAAGCAGAGAUUUUGCAGUAAAACAGUUGUACGACGAAGUUUGUAUGAUGUAAUAUGUUCAGCCUAAAGAGAAAGACUGCUGACAUUUUAAAACUACUUGAAUUUUACUGUUUAAUAUUGAGUGAUUAUUGUCGACACUUAUGUCCUAUUUAAAGUUCACUUCAGUCGGAUAAAUUUACCGUUGAAACAGUAGAAAAAGUCCGGUAUUGCUAAUGUCAAUAGGGAUUGAAUAGAGUGUAUCGAAGAUAUUGGUUUAUAGCAGGAUUUUAGAUGACGUCUGACCCCCACGUUCUAUUGUUUAAUCGCCGGGAAACCCCGGGCUGCUCUUUGGUAAAUUCCCUGUGCUAACUCUUUUGUUCUGUUGAGUGGUAUAUUCAGCUCGGCAUGUAUGUUAAAUAAACGUGUUCAAUCUUGUCAAUACAUUAACAAUGAGAAAAAUUAUUGGAAAAAUUCCGUAGACGCCAAAUGCAUAUUAUAUAGGAGUUAUAACAACACUUUUUUUCUUGUAUGGUAAAGUGCUGGUGACACAUAGUGGCAUGGUUAAAAAUACCCACAAUCACAAAGCGUUAAUGUUCCCAUUUAAUUUUCUGCAGAAACCUAUACCCAUUGUCCAGUCAAAUUUUCCACUGCUCUAUAAUAGAUCCGAUAACAAGAUUAGAUUUAAAAUGUGGAUAUCGUACUUGGGGAAUCAGUGCAUGACCGAUGUAAGCACGAAACAUCACAAUGUGAAUGGACAUUCGGCGGGCGGUCCGAAAUAGCUUUAUGAAUGGGGUCUACAAUGUUAACUCCUCGUAAAUCCCCGGCGAGGUACGCACCUAUUGGCAGGUCGUGAUUUCCAAAUUCUGUAACAACAACGGGUUGUAGCUUUUCUCUGACAGGCAGCUCUAUAAAAGCUGCUGCAGGACCUGUCAGUUCAGCAUAAAGUAAAUACCACGAAGGAAGGAAUAUAGUUAAAAAAAGGUUAAAACCUCUUUAUAACUUGAUCGUAUACCAAGUGUAUGAAGCUGGCAUAACAACGCUGUGCGAUGAAAGGCGUUUUAGAAACUGACUACCGCCGUAGCUACACAUAGGGACUAGCGAUAGUCACAAAGGUUUCUAAUUUAGCACGACCGACGCUACUGGCUUUGUACACCUAGUCAACCCGGCUUGGAUAAUACUUAAGAACCCUGUUAUGUAAACGCAGUCGGCAAUAUGCUAAUGCAAGAAUAACUAGUUUCAUCGAUUUUACGCGCAGACGUUUUACAAAUUUGGAAAAUUUAGGCGCCGCAUUGGUAAACUUAAAAGAAUUCACCAUUCGUAUUGACGAUUUAACUACAGACAGUGACUAGUAGCGUCAGCAGUAAGCCUAUACUGAAUAAUGUUUAUUAUGUUUACGCUGGGCCUUGUUAGGUUGGGUAAGGUUGAAAGGUAAGAAAUAGGCAAAUGUAUAUAGUUAUAUGAUGUGUUGUUUCAAUUCUUUGUUUUUUAAUGUGCGGGUUUAUAAAGUAAAUGCCCAGAACUUGGUUAUACGUAGUAAAUGCCAGCGAUUUUCAUUUUGCUGAUGUCAACAAAUAAGUUUACCUUUAAAAUUACUUUUAAACCAUAUUUUAACUUUGGUGUGCGGUAGAAAUGAUAUUUAAAAUCGGAUAUUGAUAAAAUGUGUUUCAUCUAAACCUACUUUACAUAACAAAAGACCAAAAGCUGCUCGACUGGAUUUAACCACGAGACAAAAUGGGGACGGGCUUUCGCUGUAGCACGUGAGCACAGCUGGCUGCACGCAGGUGUUGGACUAUGGGGAGCUGCUAGUUUCCGAGUCAUUAGAAUAACAAGAAGAUCACCGCGUUGAAGGUGGCAUGCAAAAGUGUGUUGCAAACAUAUAUUCGCUUUGUAAAUGUUUUUGGCAGAGGUUUAGAGGUUGAAGCAGGAAUUUAUUUGCAUGCACCCCUGAUGUAGAAGACUUCGUUCCCACGGGUUUUCUGCAGAAGUUUGCCACAUUUGGUUAAACUUAUGUGUUCAGUUGCAACAUGAUGCAGCUUGUUCUCACGUGCAUGAAUGAGAACAAUUUAAUUAAACUGGUCACAGGAUAGCAGUUCAAAUAAACUCGUAGCCAAAUGAUGAGGAUGCUCUGAAUCCUCCUUUGUCCUAUAAGAAAUAACAUGUUUGUAUUCAAAUUGACAGCAUCUAAGGUUUUUAAAGUAUAAACGAAACUGAUACUGACAAACAUGGUCAAUCCGAUACCUAUUGCUUCCUUACUCAUCGUGCUCUUCGUAGCAUCCCUCACGUUAUCAGAGGCAUCACCAGACAGAACCGGAGAAGGAAUCACUGAAAACAAUGCAAAUGAAGAAAACACAGCGGGAGUAUCCAGUGUUCAACUCGGAAGACUCGUACGCAACAAAAGAUCCGCUCGACUUCGACUCAGCUACUUCUGCCACAACUACUUUUGCAAAAUUUAUCGUUGCAGUCGUAUCCCAAGCCACAAAUACCGAAAGAUGUGCUACGUUUGCCACUUUAAAGGGUUCUGCAUUCGCAAGAUGACUCCAUAAUCCCCAUAAACGGGGCAAAACGAAAUGAACUGACCAUACACAACCUUCUUUUACUAAUCUAAGCAAGCAAUUUUAACACAACCUAUUGCCAAAGCUCAGAGCCACACAUUUACUAAGAAAACGACAUUAAGUUAUUUUAAACCAAAUAAAAUACUUUUCUAUUUACGUGCCAAUUAUAAUCCUGUUUUUACGUCACACCUGUAUUUUCUUGUUCAUAAUCUGAUUGCAUUAACCUUUAUACGUGUGCUUAUCUUUCAAAAAGUAAAAUUUCUCUUCUUUAUUCUAACAACUGCAUUUGAGUUUUUUGUACAUUACACACAUUCGUGUU